AGUUUGUCGAGUUGUAGUGCUAUGUGCAGAAAGCGUGCCGAUUCUUUCUCGUUUUUCUACAAUUCUGCUAUGAAGAAAUGUGUGUGUACAGGACAGGUACAACAGAGUGAUCUUCAACCCUUUGUUGGAUACGUGCAUUUUUCUACAUCAGGGCUCUCUCCCUGGAAAGUGUUUGGAAAGUCCCAGUAUCAACAUAUCAAAAAACGAAUUAAUUGGCUAGACGCUCAGAUUGAGUGUCAAGAACUUGGGGCAAAAUUAGCAGAAAUAGAGACAUUGGAAGAAAACGAUUUUCUGAAGAAUUACACGAGGGAGAAUAAUUAUGGUAACACAUUUAUUGGAGGAACAGAUGCCUUCUCACAGAACAGAUGGAGAUGGUCAACAACAUUUAAACCAAUAACAUUCAGUGACUGGGCGCCUAGCAAACCUGAUACAUCUGGGGGUGAUGAAUGUCUUGGCUUGUCUGGUAACUUUGAUAUGUCCUGGGAUGACAUGAACUGCGAUGCAAAUCAAGCCUCUUUUAUGUGUGAGCGGAUGAUACUAUAGAUAAUACACCUAUAUCCUAGAUUUUUAGCCUGUGAGCUUUUCACAUUUUCUUUUCAAGAACUGCUGGACCAAUUUUAACCAUGUCUGUUCAAAUGAAGUGUCACGGUCUCUUUAAAGGGGAUGUAAUCAAGAAUUAAUUAAAAUCUAAUGACAUCUUUCAAAAAUCUUCUUCUCAAGAACAACUGUGCCAACAAGGAUGAAACUUACAUGAAAGUUUCUUUACAAAUUGUAGCUUCAAAUAUGCAUCUGAGAUAAAGGCGGGGCCACAGUUGAUUAUCAAAGUUUCACAGAGAAAUAUACCGGAAGAAAUAUCUAAAAAUAGUCUUUUCAAGAACGGAAAAGCCAUGAUUAGUCAUAUCUAUAAAGAAGCAUCCCCAAAUAAUGUAGAUCCAAUUUUUUUUUUCCUUUUCAAAUCAUUACGCCCGAGGGUAGGGUCUGGUGACAAAGAGUGAUCAAACGAAGCACUGUUAAGGCAUAAUAUGAAGAAAUCAGUGGAAUACAGACGUGCACAAAUAUAUACCUUUUUAAAGUGAAUUUGUUUUUAUAAAGCUUAAAACUUAUCACAUAAAUUUAAUAUAAAUUGAAAUAACGUGGUAAAAUCCCACUCUGUCGUGAUUUUAGUUUGGUCCUCUGAUUUGAUAGUCACGUGAUCAAUGCAUAUAACUUGCACUACAUAGAGGUCAUAAACAAUUUUCAAUAUCGCAAGGGCAUACCCUCAUUCAAAGAAAAAUUUUAAUUCAUAUUUUUUUUUCUAUACAUCUUGUACUUUCUGAAAAGUGCUACUGCUUUAACAAGAAUCCGCAAUUUAUUAGUUUAAAUUUCAAGUAACGGACUUCACCUGAAAAAUGCGUGACCUUUACAAGGUAUUUAUGUGUUUAGUAAGUAACAUUCUUGAUUUCAGGAAUGUAAAAGCACUUUCCAAGUUAAGGAACACAUUUUCUAUCUAUAUUUUGAAAAUAGUGAACAUCUACAAAGUGUAUGCUCUUGCGCUAAAGUGAUUUAUUGAGGCACGCAAUGUUAAUUGGGUCAUUCCUUUAUACAAAACACGGGAAAAUGAAUCCAGUACACUUUCUCCAUAAAAAAAAUAACAAUGGCAUUUAAUUAAUGUUAUAUUACACAAAAGAACUACUGGUCUGAUAAAUUUCUGUAAAUUAUAUUCUAUUCAAUAAUAAAAUGCAUUUUUUUUAUUGUGAAAAAAUAAUGUCGUUUAAUCCGCCACUCACUGCAAGUAAAAUGCGUAAAAUAUUACCAUGGUGACGUCACGUCGAGAAGUGCAUUGCGAUCAGUGACUUGUUUAUAUCUUGCUGUGUGGGACUUAUAAUAAACUAGCGACAAAAAUA